GAGGGGGGUGAGGCAGGGCCGCCCGUGCGGCCUCCAGCGAUGGUGAUCUGUUGCGCGGCACUGAAUUGCUCCAACCGGCAGGGCAAAGAUCCCCGGGGCCGAGCGGCCGUCUCUUUCCACAGGUUUCCAUUAAAGGAUUCAAAGCGACUAAUCCAGUGGUUGAAAGCAGUACAACGGGACAAUUGGAUUCCCACCAAAUAUUCCUUUCUGUGCAGUGAACACUUCACUAAAGACAGCUUUUCAAAACGGCUGGAAGACCAACAUCGGUUGCUCAAACCCACAGCCAUCCCAACUAUAUUCCAAAUUUCUGAGACAAGGGGCAACAGCAGGGAUUAUGCCAAAAGAAAGAGAAAAAUAAUAACCCAGACUCUACAAAGAAAUGGCAAUCAAUCAAAUGAAGGAAGUGGGGAGGUAGUUGAGGGAAUCCUAUCAUCUGGCCAAGACUUGUUAGUGGAAGGAACUAAUGAAAUGGAGCACAUGACUCUUCAAGCUGAAAUUGGGUCAAUGUCUGAGCAAGGGGAGAGUUUCCAGGUCCAACUUGAAGGCUCUCUCAGAAGGAUGUUAGCAGAUAACUUAGUUACAAAAGUUACUCAGAAUAAGCCAGAAAAGUGUUCUGUUGAGGACCAUUCUGAAAUGGUUAUCCAUCCAGGAAGUUUCAAAAUUGAUAAAAAUGGUAUAUCAGAGGAUGACUUCACACCUCCAGUGUCAGGUGCAUGUAAAUUUAUUGGAUCCCUUCAUUCUUACAGCUUUUUCUCCAAACACACUAGAGAGAAAUCGUCAUUUCCAAAGGAACAACUAGAAAGAAAAAGGUUAAGGAGAAGUGCGGAACCAAGCUGUAGUAACAACCUUGUGGAGCAGGACACUAGGUUUAGAGAAACGUCCUCUACUUCUUCUCUUACUGCUAUCCCCCAGAAAUCUUCCCAAAGCAUGUCUGCAUCCCCUGCAGAUCUGACCCCUAAACCAGCCACAGAAGCUGUAGUAGGUCAGAAGGGAGAGACUGAUGCCAACCCCAUGUCAAUCAAUGAGGUCAUUAUGUCUGCUUCAGGAGCGUGCAAGCUCAUUGAUUCCCUUCAUUCAUACUGUUUCUCCUCUAGGCAAAGUAAAAGUCAAGUGUGUUGUUUGAGAGAACAAGUAGAGAAGAAGAAUGGAGAACUGAAGCAGCUGAGACAAAAGAUCAGCCGCUCUGACAGCCAGGUUAGAAAAUUGAAGGAAAAGCUGGAUGAGCUGAAGAGGAUAAAUUUCCCAUUCUUGAGCAACCUGUUGUCCCAGGACUGUGAAACUGUGCAGUUGAAUCCUGUGAUUGAACCGCUCUCCUGGAUGCUGGGCACUUGGCUGUCAGACCCACCAGGCGAUGGUACCUUCCCUUCAAUGAAGCCCUUUCAAUACCUUGAAGAAGUACACAUCUCUCACGUUGGUCAACCCAUGCUGAAUUUCUCUUUCAAUGCCUUCCAUCCAGACACCAAGAAACCAAUGCAUCGAGAAUGUGGAUUUAUCCGCAUCCAACCCGACACUAACAAGGUGGCCUUCAUUAGUGCUCAGAACACAGGUUUGGUAGAGGUAGAAGAGGGAGAGGUAAAUGGGCAAGAGCUUUCUAUAGCUUCCCACUCAGUAGCAAGGAUCUCUUUUGCCAAGAAACCCCACGUAGAGCAAACGAUCAUGGAGGCAAAAGGUGCAAGCAAAAGAGUCUGUGUGGAUCUGAACAACAUGGGAAAAAGAAAGAAAUGGCAUGGCAUCAGUCCGGGAUCUCUCUUCUCAUCAAAGUCUGCCAAAGAACCAAAGAUAGAAGACCAUUUUAUACAAAAGGAAUCUAUUACUAGAAAAUUCAGGCUCAAUUCUGAGGGAAAACUAGAACAGACAGUCUCCAUGUCAACUACUACACAACCAAUGACUCAGCACCUUCACAUUACAUACAAGAAAGUGAUUCCUUAAAAAGGAGGAUUUGUUUUACCGACAUAUGGUGGCCAAGAAAAAAACAUUGCAUGGAGAGAACAGAAGUAGCUUGGAAGCAAAAUAUAAUGACUUUGCAUCUUCACAACCCAAUUCAUAAUCAAGAGUAGAAACUGCAGUUGCUGAAGGAUUUUAUUCUGAAGUUUCUGUAAUGGUAGUCUUAUAAAACCAAACAAAUCUAAAGCCAAUAAAAAAGCGUUUAUUUUUAAAGAUAUGACUUGGAGUGGCGUUCUGUUGUUUUAGAAAUACUUCCAAAGGCAUGUAUUAAAGCUUCAAAAAUGUAUUCUUUACGAAAAAAUGAAAAUUAAAGAGAUUUCAGUCUUGGA